AUGGAAUCAUCUAAUCGUGGUAUCCCAGCAAUAACGGGCCAACUUGAUUAUUCUAAUGCUAUUCAUGUUUUCCCAGAUGCACUACAACCAUUCAGAUCUACGAUAUUAGCAUAUGGGGCAUCAUUUAUAUCUACGACUGUUGGAUUUCCUAUGGAUACUGUCAAGACUCGGAUGCAAACACAUAAGCAUUUUUUGAGCUACCUUGAUUGCGUAAAGAAGACAUACCAUCAUGAAGGUGCUAAAGGUUUUUUCAGAGGUAUAUGGGCCCCAUUGAUAUCUACUUCAAUAUCAAAAUCGCUCAGUGUUAUGAUUUUCACCGAAGUUAAACCAUACUGUUAUAAUAUGAUCUACGGUAAAUACGACAAUAACCAUACUGUGCACCCGCUUCUACGCAAUGUUCCAGUUUGUAUGAUAUCUGGUACUUUAGCUGGCGCAGGUAUAUCAGCAUUUGCAUGUCCUUUCGAAUUCACGAAGAUUUAUGCCCAGAUAUUAAAAUUAGUUCAAAAAAAGUCCAUGAAGGAUUUACCGAAACAUUUACAAACGAACCAUCAAGAAAUAACAAAUAUAUCAACUUCACAAACAAUACGUCAAAUAAUAAAACAUGAAGGUGUAAGGGGUCUUUAUUCUGGUUAUAAGUAUCACUUAAUUCGAGAUUCGCUUUCAUCUGGUAUUUAUUAUUCGAUAUAUGAAUCGAUGAAAUGGACCAUGAAUGAGCUUAUAAAAACUAAUCCGAAUGAAUCAUCUCAUAUAUCGAUUCUUUUAGCUGGGGGGUUCUCUGGAAUUUUUAGUUGGAUUUUAAUUUUUCCAAUUGACACUACAAAAUCACUUAUUCAAAGAGACCUGGUAGCAAAUAUUUUGAGGAAAGAGCAAGGCUUGGAGCCUUUGCCAAUAAAGGAAAGAAAAUUAGAGGGCUUUCAUAGAAAGCUUUAUAGAGGUUUAGGUAUUUCAGUGACAAGAUCUUUCAUAGUUAACAUGGUUUUUUUCAGUGUCUAUGAGUUUGUCAUGGCCCAUGUUGCAUAG